GUUCAUCCCAUCCAUCGCACUUUGUAUUAGUAUUAUACUUAUCCUUCUUUUUUCCUACGUCGUUGGUGUUUUGAUUUUCCGCCACCGUUCCUGUAUCUGUAUCAGGCAGAAGCUGCUGUGCUGCCCUCAGUGCACACAGCGGCACCUGUCAUCCACCUCUCCUUUGCAGAGUGUGCUUGUCUGGCAUCGGCUCAUUCUCGUCCACGCCCCGGCCGUCAACGCUGCUGUUUGAAUUUCGACCACCCUCACCACCAUAACCCCCCUUUUUAUAUCCAGUAUCUCCCUCAUCGUCUCUCGUACUAGGCUAUUUGUGUAGACCUCAACCAUGGCCUUUUCCAACUCCCUGAGCGGCCGCAUGGAAGAACUGCGUUUUCCCAACCUCCGGUCACCUUCCGAGGUAGACAGCUCCUUCUCUCCCAAUGGUGCAUCGCCUAGGGACCCGAACACAUACUUCACGGCCCUUCAACCGUCCCCGAACGAUGCAAGAGCAAGUCUGCAACGACGUUUUACCACUGAUUCGAGCAAAAUGUCAACCACCCGCCCCUUUAGCCAGCAGUAUACUGCCAUGACCUCGACCGCGGCCAUGAAUAAACAAAUGUACGAUGAAAUCCAGAAUGCAAAGCGUAAGGCCGAGGAGCACCUACGGCUGCUUGAGCUUCAGGAACGGAGUCUGCAAUUGGGAUCGGGCGCCCAUGAUCUCGAGCGUCUGUCGAGCAGAGUCAACCGGAUGAGUCUCACUGGCCCUGUCAGCGAGCCAACGACCCCUCCAGAAUACGCCGACAGCGGCUUUAGCAGUCGCUUUUCCCGCUCGAGCCGGUUGUCCAUGAACAGCAUCAUUUCUCCCCCCGGGCUUAGCCAGCGCGUGUCGACGUCAAGCACUCAGCUUACCUCGCCCCCAAUCAAUCGGCUCUCAGGCAAUGGGAUGUUCGGACAGUCCCAAAAGCCCUCAGCCAAGUCCGUCCCUGGCUCUCGCCGAGGGUCAGACGAGGAUGAGUAUUACCCAGAGGACCUUCCAGAUCCACGAGGCCUCGCAACAACGUACGUACCGUUAUCUCCUUACAUGUUCUGCCUGUCGCGUGUUGAUUCUUCUCUCUGUCAUCAAUUUUGUAUGAAACAAGGGAACUCUUGAUCACAAUGUGAUAUAUCCACUCUUUGCGGCGGUGGACAAGUCACGUUGUGUUCACAAUGUGAUUGUUAUUCACCUCACCUAUUCAACAAUUCAGAGGUCCCUAGUCACCUUCUACUAGCCUUGUACUGCUUCUUCCUAUUUAGCCGAAGUUUCCCCCUGACUUUCCACCACAGUUUAAACAGAUUUUCUAUGCCAGUUCACAGCAAUCGCCCCUUGCAAAGACUAAGUCUCUCAAACAAAACUGCAUCUGCAUACGGCCUUGCAAAUACCACCAGCUUCCUUUUUGACGAGGAUGAAGACAAACAUCUGUCCCUGAAUGCCAUCGAUUUAAAGUCUCCCAUUGCAAAGGCCUUUGCCCAGCUGGAAGGCGACGAUACGUUCCCAACCUUGACCAGUGACGGUCUUAAGCUUUCUGCCAAUUCAGCUGCCUUGGAUCUUGCCAAUUCUCGGACUCCUGAUCUGGAUUGGACCCUAGGCUCUCGCUAUCGUCCUGCUCAUCAGAGCAUGCCCCAUACUGAUUCGUCUAUGUACCGACCUGUCCUGAGCAAUCUCAGUGGAUUAACCAGUCCUUCAUCAGAUCGGCCAGCUGAUCUCAACCGUCGUAAAUCUCAACGUCACUCUCUGGGAGUCACUUUUGAAGAUUCUUCGCCUCUUCCUACGACUCUUCCCGUCACUCGUCCUUCGUCCCUUCAAACUUCCUAUUCCACAAACGACGUACCCACCGUCAAGAAAUCCCUCACGUCAGAAACAACCCCCUCCAAGAUUCACGCUGAGCAACAAUUUCACAACCACAACGUUAGUCUCGGUCGGAUCCCGGCAAACGCCGUUCAUCACCGUCAGAGUCGUGAAGGAGCCAACGGAAGCACCAAAGUCGACGAAAAGUUACUAUCGUCUGCAGCCAACAUGUCUUCCCUACAUCCUGGUGCUGCUCCAUUCAAUGCCCAUUUCAACGGAUCUGAUGGCUCUAUGACCACGACUCCUGGAAAUGGUGGCUACUAUCCUUACAACAUGCAGAACUACAAUGUCAGCCAGAUGGCCCCGCCUGCCAUGGCAGGACCCGUUGGUGGAUUCCCGAACGGCAACACCUAUGUCAAUGGGUACGGCAAUCAGCCCCAACGUGGUGGACGACGCCCACAGAACGAUGAGGCCAGAUUCAACAACGUUCCUCUCGAUUCCUACAAAGGUGGCUUGUAUGAACUGUGCAAAGAUCAGCAUGGUUGCCGAUAUCUCCAACGCAAGCUUGAAGACAAUGAAGCAGACAAUACCCAAAUGAUCUUUUCUGAGACUUGCCCACACAUCAUCGAGCUCAUGACGGACCCAUUUGGAAAUUACCUAUGCCAGAAGCUAUUUGAGCACUGCACCGACGAUCAACGAACUGCUCUUAUCAACACCGCUGCUCCAGCCCUGACCACCAUUGCUCUCAACCAGCAUGGCACUCGAGCUUUACAGAAGAUGAUCGAAUUCGUCCACACCCCACAGCAAGUGGAUACCAUUAUCAAGGCCCUGGCGGAUCGCGUGGUCGAUCUCGUCCAAGACCUCAAUGGCAAUCAUGUCAUUCAGAAGUGUCUUACCCGACUGGGAGCGGAACGAUCUCAAUUCAUCUAUGAUGCUGUUGGUCAUUACUGCGUCGUUGUCGGAACUCAUCGCCAUGGUUGCUGCGUGCUGCAGCGUUGCAUUGACCACGCCCAAGGAUUCCAGCGUGCCCAGCUUAUCCAGCGGAUCACUAACUGCGCCUUCGACCUUGUUCAAGACCCCUUUGGCAACUACGUUGUUCAAUACAUCCUUGACCUGGAUGAGCCGGCCUUCACCAAACCACUCUGUGAGAGCUUUGCUGGUCGGGUUUCAGCACUGUCUAAGCAGAAAUUCAGCUCGAACGUCAUUGAGAAGUGUCUUCGCACCGCUGAUAUGGACACCAAGAGAAAGAUGGUCGAGGAAAUGCUCAACGGCGCUGAGUUGGAGAAGAUGUUGCGUGACUCAUUUGCCAACUAUGUUGUUCAGACUGCGAUGGACUUUGCAGAUCCACAGACCAAAGCCCGGUUGGUGGAUGCGAUUCGCCCCAUCCUUCCUUUGAUCAAGCAAACCCCUCAUGGUCGUCGCAUUGCCAGCAAAAUCAUGGGCAACGACGUCCAAGGUCGUACUAGUGGUACGUCGAGCGGCCAGAUGACACCUUCGGACAACUAUCUUGCAAGCUUCUCAGGUGGCCGCACCAACAGUCGUCGCAACGUCCAGAUUGUUGGCGGCGGAUUUAACGGACUUCGCCCCAACCCAGUCUACAACGGGACCGAGAACGCGGAGCUGUCAACCAACGUCAUGGGUAAUGGUAAUGGAAACGCCUUCUCCCCGGGCUCUAAGGACGUCGGAGGUGCUAGCUUCAAUCCUCAAGGCUAUGCAGGAGACGCUUCUCAGAAUGGGUUCAAUGGCUAUCACAACGGACCAGUGGGCAACGGCAAUGUCUUCUGAUGCUGCCAUGUCCAUCACCUACGCAGUCAACGCGUCUACGAGUUAUGAUUUUAUGACUUCGCGACUUGUCAUUUUGUUUUUGAUUUAUCCACACAACGCAUGACGCUCGUCGGAACUUGAGCUAGAGAUGCUCGUUCUCUGGCGAUGCUUACAUCUAACCCACGUGUAUCAUCUUGCAUUAAAAAGCACCCGAAAACAUGUUUUCACGAAGGUAUCACGGCCAUUGUUUCUGUAUUAUGCCCCUCAUGGCCUUUUAGGCAAUCAGACCAGCAUCAGUCUGGCAGAAUAUCAGCUUGGUUUAUCAGUCGGCAUGGCUUUCUUUCACUCAUAUGGCUUCAAAGCCUACGAGGGACCGAAAAGGCUUCUUGCGACAUGUUACAUCAACAUUUUAGGGCGUGGAAUGGGGAUCGGACCGGAGUUGAGACGAUUUUGUUUCUUUUACCCAUAGCUUGAACAUUCAUCACGAGGGUUUGGACACAGUGAAGGAAUUGCUCUUGGAGGUAUCGAUCCCCUAGAUCAUCAUCAGCCUUGUCAUCAUGUACAACGGAACCACAAGUGAGAUGGACCGACGAGGAUGGAUCUGGGGAUUGUACACUGGACAAUGGACAGGGAAUUUCCUUUCCUUUCUGAACCUAUUGGAGCAAGACAGCUCAAAAGACCAUCGCAACGGGAAACUCAGGCAUACCUAUGGAUGAUUGCGAGAGUCAUUCUGGCCAGCACCUUGUGUGCGGAGCUCAGCUUGCAGUGAGUUCUUCAGUGAGCAUGUACCACCAAAAAUCAACAUUAAGACAGCAAUAGCUAGAGAAUUGUACUUGAA